AUGUCACUGGCUGUUGCUCCGCCUCCUGUGUUACCUGUGCCGCCUGCCAUACCUGCCGAUGCUGUGCUGGCCAUUCCUGCUGUUCCUGAGAUGUCCACGCCUGCUGACGUCAUCCCUGCUCGUGGCGUUGCUGCCCCAGACGUUGGUUUAUGGAUUCGGUUGAAACAACGCCCAAACUUUGAGACAUGUCUCCCACUUGAUGACCAUAGUAAAGCUUUUUUGUGGGAUCUGAUUUGUGGAAAUGAAGAGAUUUUUAUGUAUGAGCUUCCAACUUCAAGAGAGAUGUUAGUUAUAUUUAACAGAUAUGAACACAUGGAUCCAGAACUUGGUAUUGUGCUCGAACCAAAGGAUGUUCCCCAUGACAUUUAUCCGUUUCAUCCUGUUGAUGAUGAGAAGAAUGGUGUUCGGGGGUCUUGCAAAUUGUAUUAUGAACGUGCCAAUAUCACAGAGUCUGUAAUAGUGAAGUCAUUACAGCAAGUUGAAGAAGAAUAUGGAGAAAAAAUGGUCUUGGUUGCUAGCCAAAGGCUUCGAGAUAAGGCACUGAAUGUCUCGACUUGUAUUGAUAAGUUUUAUGACUUAACAUUAACUCAGUAUAUUAUACUUGAAAGAAUUGGGAGAUCAAGACAAAUGGGAGAGAUCACACAGGGGAAGGUUAGCCUUGCAGCAAUGGGAGAUAACCCAAAAUCAAUGUUUUACCAUAGAAAACGUCUUCUGAAAUUAAAUCUGAUAACGAAACAACCUCAUCAGCAAAAAGGAUGUAGAGGACAGACACAGAAUGGCUCCCUCUUACACUUAACAAGGUUUUAUGUUGAACGUAGAUCUAAAUUCAUUAUGAUGAUCCAGAGAGCUGUUGAAAUUUUGAAAAGCAAACCUGGCAACUGUGCACCAUACACUGUGGUAAAGGAAGAGAUGGGUAUGCCAGAAACAUCUUGUCGGAAGCUUUUCAAAAGUUUAGAGUUUCAGAGGUAUAUUAAGAAUGUUAAUGCCCCCUAUCGACGUAUUUACCCUGAUGCUUCUCCUUCUCAAUGGCGAUGCAAAGGAAAAGAUGCUGAGAGAUAUAUUCGCAUCAUGGAACUUGUUAAUCCAGGAAUCGACCCACAGGAAGUUUGUAAACUAGAUGAUAUAGCUGAUGAUGAUGAAGAUGAAGACUCUUAUCCUGGGAUCUUGGAUCAAAAGAAGGUUGUCUGGAAAGUUGGUCUUUUACAGCAGGCCUAUGAAAUAGUAGAAGAAGCUGGACCUGAUGGUGUUUCACAGUCUGAUAUGGCCCGUUUUUUGGGCCAGGCAAAACUGGAUUCACGUACCAUCUGUCGUAACCUACAGCGACGUAAUUCUGUCCAUUCUCUAAUGAAGGAUGUUGGAAGGCAACGGGUGUCAAGAUAUGUUUCUAAUAAGUAUGCACGCACAGGACAUUUAACUCAAGAGUUCCGUAAAGAACGAGAAAAAAUGAUGGCAAUGAUUGAGGAAAGUAGGGCUCAGGAAGCUGCUCCAUCAACCUCACAGCAGGAUGAAGUUAUGAAAAUAGUAGAAAGUAACUCUAUGGAAGGUGUGGAAGUGGAUUUAGAAAUGGUACCAUAUGUUACGAAUAAAUCAGACGUUCAAGCAGAGUGUAGCCCACGAGGAGAUGGAACAUGUGGCAUAGCAGAAGAACAGAAGAAACAGUUACCAGAUGAGCCUUCAAAGAAAAAAAAUCAGGGAUUUUUGACUAUGUUGGAAGAGAUACAGUUGACUUACAGCAACCAGAAGCGCAAUUCUCCUCAUGUAACAACUCGAAUGAUGAAACGAGCUAAUAUGAUCAUAGAAAAUGUAAGGUCUAUUAAAGUCAUUGAUGAUGCAUUCAAGCUACAGAAAAUGAUUGUUAAAGCUGAAUCAGAGGAAGGAUAUCCUGUAAAAAUGGACAAGAAGAGUCUAAAUAGACUUCUGGACAGACUAGCCCGUGGUGGUUUUCUGAAAAACAUUAUCGUUAAACUUAAAUGUGGAGACAACAUCAAGUUGGUUCCAUUUGUUGUUGAUCCAAGCAUUACAUUUGAAUGUUUAUUCCACCUUUACCAAAUCAUAUGAUAUCAGAGACUGGUUGGGCCUUUGUUUGUGACAUUCUUCUGCGUCUUCCUCUGUGUAUCUUCGUACGAUUGGUCAGCAUCAAUUAUAUUUCCAAUGAUGUUGAAGUUCUUUUGCAACACCCUCUUAAGAAAAAUCUCCUUGUUAAACAUUUGCCUCCAUCAGUCCGUCAGACGCUGCUGCAAGGAAGACGUUAUGUCACUUAUGUCAUGGAUCUAAUUAAUCGACUGUGCUAUAUAGGUCUUGUACAGUAUGGUCACCAAGUUCUGAAAGAGAAGGAUCAGGUUUUUAUAUAUGUGAAUCAUCGUGCUAGCCUGAUUGAUACCACAACUUCAUCUCCUGGUUACCAUCAGAUCUCAGCUGAUAAGGAAUAUGUUCGGAAAGAGUAUUAUUUUUCCUGCAUGCAAGAUGUUCAUCAGUAUUGGUAUGACUUGUGGACAAUAUCAAUGCAUACACCUUUAGGAGGUCAUAACUGUAUGCAAGGGAAAAAAAUAACUAUACAAAUACUUGAUAGAAAACCUCAGAUCAUGGAGUCCAUUAAACCAAGAUCCACACUGGAAGCUCCAGCUAGAGAUAAUGGAAGCAUCCCUGGUGAUGGCCGAGGUGCUGGUGGCCUUGAUUCUGCUAUGUUUGCGCACCUGAAGCGAAACUGGUCCUCAAACUCUGGUCACUCUGCUGCUGCACGACCUUCAGCCCUUGUUGCUCCAACAGCUGAUGGAGGAGAAAAAACUUAUGAAGGAAGCGUAUCUUAUUCCCAGUACCUUAUGAAUACCACCACCCCUUCUUCUGACACACUUUCACCUAAACACCGACUUGCUGGGCUACGAAAUGUAAAGCUGUCAGUUUAUAAGCCAAGAAUGGCUACUGAUGGCAAGACACUGGAAAUUCCAGUUGGCAUGGUGGGAGAAGCUUCAAAAGGUCGAAAACGGAAGAGAGAACAAUCUUCAGUGAAAGAUCCACUUGCAUCAAAGCAUCCCCGAGUGUCCUCUCAAAAGCGGAUUAAACCAGACAGUUAUCAGAGAGAUAUCAAGAUGCGCAAGCGAUCACCUAAAAAACCAUAUUACGAUGAAGAGGAUCGAGCUGCUCUUAGAAGAAUGAAUAAAUUGCGUGUUGACUGGUCUUCUGCUGAGGACUCAUUUUUGUUGUUGUGUAAAGUAGCAUCUUGCUUCCUAUUCCCAAAUAAACGGAGUCAGAUGAUUACCUUCAGCCUGGUGAGAGAUAUGCUUCACAAACGUUUUCCUGAGGCACGCAACAAGACAUCUAGAGCUUGUCAGCGGCGCAUCAAUUAUAUAAUGAAAAAUCCAACUACUGAAGAUAAUGUUGCAAUAUUUUUAGAAGAAGUUAAACAAGAUCCAAACAUUGUACAAGACUUUAAGGGUCCUCGGCUACCAAGAAACAAAAAGAAUAUUGAAAACAUAUAUGCCAACAUGUUCCAGUCAUUGAUGCAAAGAUUAGUGAUUAAGUUUGGGUCUAGUGAGUCCAGACAGUGUCCAGAUUUGCCUGAUACAAUAGAGGAGUUUGAGGAACGUUUUAGGAUCAUUGUUGCUUCUCCAUCUCUUCGUAGCAAACUUAGAUGCAGAGAAGUCCAAUCUGUUGCUGACAUUGAUUUUUAUGUAGUCAAUGCUCUGAUAUAUAGUUCUCUGUGCUCAAAAUAUGACCGUGACUCAUAUGCAUAUCAACUGUAUCUGGCUUAUCAACAGUAUCCUCAGUCCCUUUUGAAUUCAGUGCUUACUCACAUGCGUCAGGAUCAGAUGAUCAGCUACAAAAAGUGCUAUAAUCGGUCUCUGUUCACCCAAACAUGUUUACCUUUAUCUACAUCUCCAUUUCAGUUGUCUGUGACAUACCUUCAUGUGUUUAAUUUUAAAUAUCAGUAUGAAAUCUUCCAUCAAGCCUGGGAUAUGUUAAAGAGGAUGUAUGAGAAGGAAGUAACAUUGCUAAAUAAACUUAUACCAUCUUUAAAAUCACAGAGCACAGAAACAACCUCCAUUAUCAAGCCUACUUCUUUGGAAACAUCCACAGUUAUAGCCGAUGAUAAAAACACAGAGGAUGAUAAUGACAGUUCAGAAAAAGGUGUACCUGUUAUCAUCCUUCACGAAGGAGGAUAUUGUGCAACUAUAGUGGCACUAUUAGCCACCAAAAGAUUGAUAUUUGAUAUUGUGAUUCCUGAACAGAUAAUUAUGAUGGACCAACAACAACAACCUGUUUUGGAUGACCAACCACAGAGCCUCCUUCGAAGGUUCUCAUCUCAUACAGAGAUGUCUGGACGUAAUGUAAGUGACCCAAGAGAUCCAUUAAAAGAGAGGGAACAGCCAUUGACUGAGUCACUGGUUACAUUACAUAUGCUUGAAGAAGUAAAUAAAGAGGUAUCCAAGAAGGUAAGAAAUUCGGUUAGUAGUAAAGAUCAGAACAUUAGUGAAGGGAUGGCUUCAGAAGAAGUGAUGAAAGGCUCAAGAGAUUUUAGAAGGCCUGGGAAGAAGAAAGUAAUAGUGAAAGAUGUCAUGAAAGUGAAGAAAUCUAAAGUGAAGCAUGAAGGGUUAGAACAAUUGGAUGUAUCACAUACAGCAACUUCACAGAGAGAAACAGAAGCAAGCAAUUUAAAAAAUAUGAUACAGAUUAAUCAAAGUGUAAAACCAGGAAAGCUUAUAAAGUGUAAACCGUUUGAUGAAGGAACGCUUUUAAAAAGUGACAUGGAGUUUGAGAAGGUAGAAGUGGAAAAUGCUGACGACUUCAACAGUCAAGAAUUAGGGGACUCAUCCCAACCUGGAGAAUUAUCUUCAACUGAAGGAGAAGAUUCGGAGGCUGCUAUUGCUUCGGGGCGUGGAAACUUACCAUCUGCAUCCCGUUUAGGGUUAUAUAUGAUGAGAGAUCAGUUAUCUAGAGCUGAGGUUGACCAGAUUAAUAUACAGCAUGCACAAGAACACCUGGUGGUUAAUGCAUGUGAUGUAACCUGUCGUCUAAGACCACCUCCAGAACUUCAGGAAAGCUUUGAAAUAGUUGUACCAGAGAAACCUGAAUUGAUAGAAAACUACCUGUUACCAUUAACUAUGCAGAAAGUCUCUGAAUGCUUAGAACAUCGAAAAAAGGUUAUUUUGAAAGAAUGGUCGACUUUGAGUGAAGUCUUAAGCAUGUGGAAGAAAGAAGGUAAACGUGAAACUCUCCUCCAGUUGGUAAAAGAGAUUUAUGAUUACAUACAUUCUUGCAAAGAACUGGGAGCGUCUGUUUGGGAGUUAAAGGAGAAAUUCAGUAUUCCUGGAGUACUGAAUAUAAUGCUAGUUGUCAACAUGAUGGAAGAAGCACAACUGUUAUUGAGGGUCGGUGUUGCUCUUGUUCGUUGGGUGACAAUGCCUCAUACUAAACCAUGGCUGAUUCACACCAAUAAGAUAACAAGGUACAGUCGUCAGAAUAUAAGACUUCAAGGAGUUUAUCGCAUGACUGUGAAUAGUAAUGAAUCAGCGAGUCCAGCUGAAAAGCAACCACUGGGAUCAAAUGCAGAUCCUGUAGAAGACUGUGCGAAAGAUGAUGACCAGGGAGGUGUGAAACAAAAAAUGGAUAUUCAGAUGCAGGAUUGCCAGAUUGAGAUGCCUUCAGAUUGCACUCAAGAUGCUGAUGGUAUUCAAGAUUCACAGCAUUCCAUUUCAUCAAUGCUAGAGGAUACAACUAUGCCCUUAGGUGGUUCAUCAUCAAAAGAAUCCAAUGCAUCAAGUACCGGAAACAAAAAGGAAGAUGUGCAGAAAACUUCACGUACAUCACAGCGCAUUUUUAACCGGAAUGAAAGUAAAAAGGAAAGUGAUUCAAAGGAAGUUAUAUCUACUGUAAGGCACAUACACUCACAUCUUGCCAUGUGCAAAAGAAAAUAUAAAUGUGAUGAAGAAGUAUCUCAGGAAAUGGAGAGAACAAUAAAACAUCAUGAAAGUAUGGACUAUGAGCAAAUAAGUGUAGCUGUAAGACCUUGGGUACGCCUUGAUGGGACUUUGAACCGUCGAGUUUUAGAUAGACUUCUAGGAGCUGUGCUUAGCUUAAUCAUGGAACGUCCCGGAAUAAGUGGAAGGGAUAUUGUUUGCAGGUUUUCUCCUGCCCUUCAACCUGCCCAUACCCAUGACCUCCUGGAAACUUUGGUACAUUUAGAAUGCAUCAUAAGAGAAGAACUUAUUCAGUCACACAGUGUCUCCCUUUUUUCAGACACUGUAGAAUAUAACCUUGUGCCAGCAGACAUCCAUGAUUGUGAUGAUGACCUGAUAUAUGAACCAGCAGUUGAUGCUAUCAUUAAAAUGGCAAUGUUUAUUGGUGAUAAAAAGUAUUCACAAGAUUUCCUUUCUGGAGAUAGUAGAUGAUGGAAUUGAAUAUAGUGAAUAGUAUGUAUGUUAUGUUACAAUUAAAAUGGUUUUGUAUUUCAUAAUGUUAAUAAAUGCAUCUCAUUAAGAGUGAGAUAUGUAUUAGAAUAUUAAAUACACCAA